AUGAAAAAUCUCAAAGUUGCCGUCGUUCGUCGGAAAUGUAUUGAUAUGUCUUCCUUUGAAAGUCCUAGUUGUACGGGUAGUCUAUGGAUUUGUUAUAGCUCGUAUGCUAGGGCAUUUUUUCUUGCUGGAUCUCAGGGGAUUUUUCGAACAGAUCCGGAGUUAAAACUUAUCUACAGUUGGCCCGAUGUUGUUAAGCGUGAUUCUCUUCUGUCCUUCAACUUUCUUUCGGACGAUAUUCGUUUCUGCGCAAUAUUCCGAAGUGGUCUAAUUUUAUUGGUCGAUUCAGAUACUUUUGAGUUUGAAAUCCGCUGUUUGGAGGUCAGAGCAAUAUCAGGUUCAUCAUGGGCUCCCGAUUUUCACACUUUGGUUUUGAACUCGCCUAAAGGACUAGUAACAGUUGGAUGGGGGUCUAAAGCAACUCAGUUUCAAGGUUCUACUGGCCGGAAAGUGCUGAAAGAUGCGUAUAGUAAGGCAGAAACCCCUAUUUUUGAGUGGGAUAAGAAGAGUGUUGAAUACUCUUGGAGUGGUGAUGCGAGAUUUCUCGGUGUCAGCUGCGUGAAAACUGAAACUUUGACUAGAAGCUUUUUUGUCUGGAGUGAUGAAGGUGACCUCUUGAGUCGAUUAGAGUUUGUUGAAGGAGCGGGAAGUCCUAUUGCAUUCAAGCCUACUGGUGGUUUGAUUGCGAUUACUCGCCUUUUGAAAGGAAGUUCAGAGAUUAUUUUUUUUGAAAAGAAUGGGCAGGAACGUUCUCAGUUAGUUUUGUCUGAUAAGACUGGCAAAGCAGAUAAGUACGUCUCAUGGUUAUGCUGGAAUAUGAACUGUGACAUCCUAGCGGUUGAUUUGAAGACUCUUACCAGGACCUUACAUAGAAUUCAGUUUUGGUGCAGAAAUAAUUAUAAAUGGCAGUUAAAAUACUGUUUACCAGUGGAAGAGGAGGUCUUAUAUAGAGAGUGGAAUUCUGAGGAAGGGAUGAGCUUCCAGCUGGUUACUGUGUCUGGUGACACAUUAUUUAUCGAUUUCGAAUUUGCUUACGACUUUUGCGAUAUGAGCGUUAUUUUUUUUGAUGGUAAGGUCAUUUUAGUUCCGAGAACAGUUUGUUUUACCGACUUGUUUCUGGCACCUGUUCCUCCUCCAAUGUUCCAUUACUCCUACCAGUUUGCAUCCUUUGUGUGUGAAGUGGCGCAGUCCUCCUUCGGAGCUGUGUUUUUACUUUCAACUCAUCAGCUGCUCUUCUGUAGGAUGCAAAGGGUAUUUCUUUCUGGUUCUUUUCGAAUGAAAAAUAAGAAAGUUUUUGAGAUGACGUUUUCUGGCUUUAUCUGCUUUGGAACUUUUGUUAAAGAAGAAGUGGGACCGAAAUUGAAGUUUGAGGUGCUAAUAGUAAUUAGACGUGUGGACAGGAAAUUGUGUUUUGACCACGAGUACAUAAUAGAUGUCAACACAGUUCCGAAGUCCUCGGUGUGUUAUGAUUUGCAUUAUUACGAGGACGGCACAUUUACCAUGGUUGCUUGUUUAUCCGGGAAAACUUGUACUUAUAAUAUUAUUGAAAUAUCUUUGAAUGAACCGCACAAAUGUUUGGUGGUCCAUCGAUCUGAUGAUCCAGUAUUGUGCCACAGGCGUGUUUCAGAAGGGCUUUUGGUUCAAACAGUGGAAAGUGGGUGGAGUGCUGUGGCUCUAAGUGAAGAGAAUUCCAUUAUUGGGUUAACGAAGGACAACGUUCUUUUGUGGAAUGGACAAGAAGUCUGUCGCAAUGUUGGGUCAUAUAGCGUUGACGAUGAAUUCCUUCUCCUGCUCUUGUUGCCGACAGGUUCUGCAACAUGUAAAUUAUAUACGGUAGAAGUGCAAAAACUAGUAGAAACAAGACUUUCUUGUUUGCUUGUAAAUGGUCGAACCGUUGAACAGGGUGCGGUUAUUAUUGGACAUGAGAAUUUUGGAACACGAGUCUGGCUUGAAAUGCCUCGAGGCAACUUGGAAACGAUUCACCUCCGUUCUCUAGUUUUAAAGAAACUAGAAGAAUGCUUUGAAAGCGGAGAGUAUAAAGACGCUAUGAGGUUGAUGCGUAGGCAUAGGAUCGAUAUGAAUUUGAUGUUCGAUAGGAAUCCAGAG